AUGGGGACAAGUAUAGCAGUGGAUGGUAGCGACGACACCGGCGCCAAAAAGCCUGUUGUGUGCUUCCUGGGGCCCAUGUCGUCUUAUACACACCAAGCAGCACUGCAGUCGUUUUCCAAGGAUGACGUCGAGCUUAUGCCUGUAUCGACUAUCAAAGACGUCUUCGAAACCACGCAGGCUGGAGCAGCAGACUAUGGCGUAGUCCCUAUCGAGAACUCGACCCACGGCUCCGUGGUGUUCACGCUCGACCUCUUCGCCGAGUGCGAGAAGUUAUACCCAGACUUGUCAGUUUGUGCUGAGGUUUAUUUGAAAGUUCAUCACUGUCUACUGGGAUACUUACCUCCCCCUGCUGCUGCUUCUCUCCCUACCACCACCACUCCUACUGCCUCCUCCCUUCUAGUAAGCGGCCAAUGCACCCCCACCCCCUCACACCCUCAACCUAUCCACCCACGCGCCCAACCCCUCGUGAGCCUCGCCCACAUCAAGCGCAUCUACUCGCACCCGCAAGCCUUCGGCCAAUGCCGCAAGUUCUUCGAGACGUACCUCCGCGGCGCCGACACCGUAGACGUGUCGUCGACGAGCCGCGCGGCGGAGCUGGCAGCUUCCGACCCCAGUGGGGAAAGCGCCGCUGUCAGCAGCGCGCUCGCGGCGACGGAGACGGGGUUAGAGUUUUUAGGGAGGAACAUUGAGGAUCGGGAUGAUAACGAGACGAGGUUUUUUGUGUUGUGGCGGGAUGAGGGGGCGUUGGUGAAGGGACGGGGACAGCAGCAGUCUAUUAAAUCGAGCUCGGGAGCAAAGAGCCAGGACAAUCAUGCGUCAGGAGCAACAAAAUCGCUCGUCUCCUUCACUGUCCCGCAUCGGGCGCCGGGAGCACUGGCCGAUGUGCUUGAGUGUUUCCGGAAAGGGGGUUUGGACCUGACCAGCAUCAACAGCCGACCAAGCCUGAUUGCGCCAUUCCAAUACAUCUUCUUCGUCGAGUUCGAGGGGCAUAAGCUCGAGGAUCCCCAGGGCAGGGUCAAGGAUGUUUUGGAGAACGUUGGGAACGUCGCUGAGAGUUGGCGGUGGUUAGGGAGUUGGGAAAAUAUGCGACGUUGA